CUGCUCCACAGUGACAUGACAGCUUGAGUGUUGCCCGCCAACCCGCCGAGCCCGCCUGCAACCAAAGCUCCCUGUCCGGUCAUCACUCCUGGCACGGCAUAGGCAACGCACGUCUGCGACACCUCACUGCACACAACUACCAAUACAACGACGACAGUUUUGACCACGCACGACGAACAGGAGAGCCGGAGGUCGCAGAUAAUACCUCUACGCCCGCCCAUCGACGGAUUAAGGUCCAUUGAAGUGGACUUCCACUUAUCGAGUCCCGCUUCCAGUUCAUUCCAUCGAGACACACGGCCGAUUGCCCUGCCACUUCGAAAUAAUCCAAAACCGACCGACCGACCGAUUGCGCGCGCGCGCCGACGAAAGACUACACUACUAGCUAGUAUUUCCGACCGGCCAGCUGACCGGCGACUCCGUCCAUCAAAAUGUUGAUCUUCGGAAACCUGAUCUAUGUCUCCUGCCUGUUGAUCAACGCUAUUGCCAUCCUCUCUGAGGAUAGGUUUCUUGCUAGGAUUAACUUCUCCCCUUCCUCCUACGACCCAGCCUUCGGCCAAAGCGCAGAUGCCUCCGUCCAGGCCAAAAUUAUGAACCUGAUUGCGAGCGUACGGAUGUUGAUGAGGGUACCGCUGAUUAUCGUCAACACACUGAUAAUAAUAUACGAGCUGGUGCUUGGUUAAGCAAAUCUUCUUUUGGUUGAAGUCGAACAUCACACCAAGAAAAGGGAAGCUGGGUGUCGACAAGAUUUGGGGAUAGGGAGAGAGGCCAGACAGAAGAGGGGAAGAGGAAAACGAGGGGAGAGUCAGGAACUGAAAGGGGCUGUAGAGCAGUUGGAGUCGAAUUAUACAUAUCUUAGGGAGGUCCUUUGGUUCGAUCGAAACUACAGUACCUCGUGGGCUGGCUGACAAGAACAGAAAGAAAGGAGGAUGAUAAUGCACCGGAUAGAUCAUGAUAUAUAAAUAAGUAACGUAAUUUGAUAUCACCGCCGGGGUAUGAUGGGUGAUGAAGACUGGAAACUUUCUGAAAGGGGCGGGAGAGACGGUUGUGUGAUAUCCGAUGAUCAGAAUUGCGAGGCAGGAU